CAAUGGACGAGAGCGCACCAACGUUCCAUCCGGUCCGUGGAAGUUACAGGCGAGGCAGAGAGAGGGAGAGGCGCGCCGUGAAAGCCCCAGUCCAAUCCCCUCAUCAUCCUCGCAUGGAGCAAAUGGUGCGUGGAGCGUCAAGACGUCGUUAGGAAGAGAGAAAGAGAGUUCCAAGUUCCACUUCUAGAGCGCAGGGACAUUUGGUUCCAAAUUUCCUUGCGGGACAAAAGAGGCCAUUUCUCUAAAAUGAUGAGCAAAGUGGACGCGUCAUGUAAGCCGACUGCCGCGUCUCUCAAAUUCACCAUAGACAAUAUUCUGAACCUGCAGACAUACUCGAGCGGUAACAACGGUAGGAAGACAGUUGACAGCUGUCAUUCCGGUAGCAGGCUACAGAAUAGCACGGGACUGUACUGGUUCGAUGACCAUCAACGGAGAAUGGACCCCGCGACAAGGCUACACGAUGCAGAGCCGGAUAACGACUGUAGCCCAACCGGAGGACCCAAGGCCGUCGCUAUCACCCGGGAAGACUCGUUACAGAUCACCGACAAUUGCUUCGAAAGCGGGGACAGCGGCGACGACUGCUCCUCGACGCAUCACACCGGAGACGGUGAUAGCAGCGGCAAGAAAAAACAACUGUUAAUAAUAACCAAGAAAAAAACUCGCACAAUCUUCUCCAAGAGACAGAUCUUUCAGUUGGAAUCUACUUUCGAUAUGAAGCGGUACCUUAGCAGCGCCGAGCGCGCCUGCCUCGCCAAUUCUCUCCAGCUGACGGAAACGCAGGUCAAAAUCUGGUUCCAGAACCGAAGGAAUAAAUUGAAAAGACAGAUUUCAACAGCGCUAGAUGGUCCCAACGGUGAUUUCUGCGACGCGGGUCCGGGGAAGGUUCUGCAGCUCCCGGCCUUGUACAAAGACAAUAACCUGCUGGGGAGAUGCUUGAUGCCGAUGCCCCUGCCCAUCGUAUACCCUGGCAGUAGCACGCAUUAUUUAUGUUUUUCCAAUGCCAGCAAGUACUUUAGUCUAUUCGAAGGAGACGUUGUCCUGUAGUAGACAAGGCCGGCCGAGUCUGCUUAUUAAAGGAGACGUAGUCCUAUUUAAACCCGGCCUAGUCUGUUCGAAGGAGGCGUAGGGUUAGCAUCAACGCCAAAAAGACACUGUUUACAAAGUGAUAUAUCAUGCCAAUUUCAGCUUCCGCAUUUAGCGCCCCCCCCCCAUCAUCAUCGUGUUAAAAAAACGUAAGGUCGAGUCUGGCCCAUGUAGUCCUUUAAAAAAGCCCACUUGUAAGGAUAGCCUGUUGACCUAAAGCCGAGCUCAAUCCUACUUGUCACAUCGAUAGCCUGCGCCAAUUGUUUUUAUUGACACACGUCAACAAUGUUGAUAUAAAACUCUGGAACAUAUUUGCAGGAUAUCCUAUCACACAAAGACACGCAGAAUAACUCCAUAUUCAGUUUUAUGUUAUAAUAAUAGAUAGUAGUUUCGGUACGCAGACUACCAGCAUAAAACAGCGGGUCUAAUAUUAAUAAUAUAUGUCAUUUAGCAGACGCUUUUAUCCAAAGCGACUUACAGUCAUGUGUGCAUACAUUCUACGUAUGGGUGGUCCCGGGGAUCGAACCCACUACCCUGGCGUUACAAGCGCCACGCUCUACCAACUGAGCUACAGAAGGACCAAUAAUCAUUUAUUAAAUUAUUAUUAUUAUGAACCUGUUAUUAACAACAGCUUGUCCCAGCAGUCUAAACACGGCCAAAGAUGGUAUUAUAUUUGCAUGCAUGUACUGUAUUAUAUUUCAUUUUCAAUUAAUUAAAUUAACUAUGUAU